AAGUUGUAUUUCAGUUUUCAUAAGAUGGGGAAUGGAAGUUCGAGUGGAUCAGGUCCUGAUGUUCAAGGCUUUACAACAAUCCUCAGCAUUGACGGGGGAGGAGUGAGAGGAAUCGUUCCUAGCGUAGUUCUUACUGCUCUAGAAGCUAAGCUUCAGAAGUUGGAUGUGGAUAACAAGGAUGCGAAGAUUGCAGAUUAUUUUGACUUUGUUGCUGGGACAAGCACAGGAGGUCUUAUGACUGCCAUGCUCACUACUCCGAAUGCUGAAAAACGACCAACUUUUGCAGCAAAAGAUGUUGUCCAAUUUUAUCUGCACAAGAGUCAACUCGCAAAACGUGAUAAAUCAACUGAUGCUGGAAUAGCAGACGUUUGUAUUGGCACGUCUGCAGCGCCAUAUUACUUCCCUCCACAUAAUUUUAAAACAACCGUUGAUUUCAACUUAGCUGAUGGCGGUCUUGCAGCCAACAAUCCUUCAUUGCUAGCCGUGUGUGAGGUGAUGAAAGAACAAAAGAUGGAUGGUCGUGAGCUUCUUAUUCUUUCACUUGGAACUGGAGCAGCUGACCAGAGUGACAGGUAUGUGGUUGGAGAUCCCAGCAAAUGGGGCCUCUUAAGAUGGCUUUGGUAUAGCGAGAACAACGGCAGCCCCUUGAUUGAUAUCUUGACAACUGCACCAGAUGAGAUGAUUUCGACGUAUAUAUCCACAAUCUUUAAAUAUUGUGGCUGGGAAGAUAACUAUUAUCGUCUUCAGGCUGAGAUGAAACUCUCUGAGGCCAAGAUGGACGAUGCAAGCCAAGAAAAUCUGAACAAUCUUGUGAAGAUUGGUGAAGAUCUUGCCGCAAAGCACGAUGCCGAACUUGAAGCCCUUGCGCAAAAAUUGAUUAAGAACAGGGAUGCUCGCUUGGCCAGAAAUAUUUCUGGUUGAUACAUUCUGCAGUAUACAAGUGUUUCUCCUCUGAAGCACUAUGAUAUCUACUAUUUUAUAUGAUCUUUUUUAUUUGAAAAAUAAAUAGAGGCCUGCUAUAAUGUUAGUGCUGGAGUCAACAUGAUGUCGAGGCCGGCAUCGUUGCAAAACCAAAGCCAUGUUCUGUGUUCUAAAUUCAGGCUUCUUUUGUGAGUUUGUGUGGAGUGAUGAGUUUGAAAUUAAGACAGCUCGACGACUUUGUGUAAGAAAAAUAAUGUAUUUUUUUUCUUGAGUUUACCAUAAAACGAAAGAAAAAGGAUCUCCAUGGUCGUGUAGUGUAAAAGUUCAUGUGUUUUGAAUAAAAGGUGAUGAAGUUCUGUUUGGGUGUC